UAUCUAGAUUCUAUAAUAGUGGUUGUUCCAGACUUCAAGCCUAAAAUUACUUCUAAACUCUGCACCUCUUCGCCUUGAUUUGUAGUUUUCCUCACAUUAACCAGAAGAAGAAAGCACUGAAGCAGAGUUUCAGAGGCAGAGAAGAAGAAGAAGAAUGGAGAGAUUGCAGAGAAUUUUCUCGGGUGCAGGUGGGAUGGGGCACCCUCCUCCUGAUUCCCCUCUUCUCGAUUCCUCUGAGCAGGUUUACAUCUCCUCGCUUGCCCUCCUCAAGAUGCUCAAACACGGAAGAGCUGGGGUUCCAAUGGAAGUCAUGGGAUUGAUGCUUGGUGAGUUUGUGGAUGAAUACACUGUGCGUGUCGUGGAUGUUUUUGCAAUGCCACAAAGUGGUACCGGUGUUAGUGUUGAGGCCGUUGAUCACGUCUUCCAAACUAACAUGCUUGAUAUGCUCAAGCAGACGGGCAGACCAGAAAUGGUGGUUGGUUGGUACCAUUCACAUCCUGGCUUUGGUUGCUGGCUUUCUGGGGUUGACAUAAACACGCAACAGAGUUUUGAGGCUCUAAAUCAAAGGGCUGUUGCUGUGGUGGUAGAUCCAAUUCAAAGUGUGAAAGGGAAGGUGGUCAUUGAUGCCUUCCGCUUGAUCAACCCACAGACAAUGAUGCUUGGCCAAGAACCACGCCAGACAACUUCCAACCUUGGACAUCUGAACAAGCCAUCCAUUCAGGCAUUGAUCCACGGGCUGAACCGGCACUACUACUCAAUUGCCAUUAAUUACAGGAAGAACGAACUCGAGGAGAAGAUGUUAUUGAACCUACAUAAAAAGAAAUGGACUGAUGGUUUGACACUACAGCGGUUUGAUGCCCACUCCAAAACCAAUGAACAGACUGUCCAGGAGAUGCUGAAUUUGGCCAUCAAAUACAACAAGGCAGUUCAGGAAGAAGAUGAGUUACCUCCUGAAAAGCUGGCUAUUGCAAAUGUUGGCAGACAGGACGCCAAGAAGCAUUUGGAAGAGCAUGUGUCGAAUUUGAUGUCGGCGAACAUAAUUCAGACACUGGGGACAAUGCUGGACACUGUGGUAUUUUAAGAGACAAAACAGUUUUUAAACUCCAAAGCAAUGUGGUAGAUCCUGCUGCUGUUGGAGUAAGUUACUUUACCCUGAAAUUCUCAGUUUCUCACGUUCAAAUAUCUAUUGAGUAAACCACUGAAAUCAAAGAAAAGCAGGAGUUAAAAUGAAAUUCUCUUUACAAUCAAAUUCCCAGACUGUUCAAGCAAAGGAGAUAAAUUGAGUUUGUAUCUUUUUAAAACAGAUGUCAGUCAUGACAGUAGGACUGUGGGACUUGUCUUUUUGUCCAAGGUUUGGAAAUUAUAUAUUUUCUUAUUGUAUUAUCUAGUGCGUCUCACUCCAUAAGAAUAGAUCUUUGUCUA